AUGGGAAAUCAUAACAAUCCAGAAGAUUAUACUGUUGAUGGCGCAGAGAAGGAAGUGCCUAUUACACAAAUAAAACAAAAAAGAGCCAAUGCGCAGAAGUUAGCAAAAACGUUGCGUGAUACUGGAAAAGAAUAUAAAAGUCCUGCGACAAGAUUAUUCCGCCAAAGUCUAUUAAAGAGGGAUGUCACAGGGAGAAGUGCAAGAAGGCCGGAAAAAGCUGUUUUCGAAUCAGUAAUACAAAUAGGAGUGAAAUAUUUAAACAAUUUUAUGAGCUGGGGAAUCUCAUAA